UCAUGUGUUGCUAUAGCAACCAAUCCUGAGCAGAACAAGCAUUCGAAGCUCACUUUCAUUAUUAUUAUCUGAUUAUUACAAUGGAAGAAGAACACGAAGAAGAAUCACAUUUAUCUCAAUCCGACACAGUUGGAUCCGCAAUUGUUGAAGAUGGACCAGGAAAAGAAUAUGAAAUUUAUAUAAAAAACGAAGAAUUGGUGGAUAAAUUGAAACUUUUGAAUUAUGAAGAUGGUUUCUUGAAGCUUGGCGUCGUAUACAAACCGAUUUUGAAGCACUACUUUGUAAAGUCCAAAAACGUUGGAGAGCAGUUCUUUCUGUUCACGUCAUUGGCAGCUUGGUUGAUCAAAAAAUCCGGAGAUGAAUCUUACAAUAUGCCACAAGAGUUUGAUGAUCCCAAUUCAACACUUGCAAACAUAAUGGCUGCGGCUAAGAAUAAGGGAAUCGCAACUGACUUCACUGCAGCAAAACUAAAGUCUGGAGCUGGAGAAAAUGUGAUUUUCAUUCUGAACUCACUGGCUGAUGCCUCACUUGUUCAUGUAGGAUUUCAGUGGCAGAAAAUGAUUCCUCCAAAAGAAGAAGACGAAGAUACUGCAGUGGAUGAGCAAGAUGAAGAUGAUGAUAACGAUGAUAUUGUUGAAGAACCAAUGAACUUUUUGGAUGAUGAUGAUGAUGACAAUGUUAUUGAAAUUGAUUUGAAAGCUCAGGGAUUGGCGACUGAAUCGAAGAAUCCACUCCAAAGCGUUCUCCAAAGCAAUACGGAUGCAAUAACUUGGAAACAAGAAGUUGAAAGAGUUGCUCCACAAUUGAAAAUUACAUUGAAACAGGAUGCAAAAGAUUGGCGUCUUCAUCUUGAACAGAUGAACUCAAUGCACAAAAAUGUUGAGCAAAAAGUUGGAAACGUUGGUCCUUAUCUCGAUAAUAUGUCCAAAGAUAUUGCAAAAGCUCUGGAACGGAUCGCAUCAAGGGAAAAAUCACUGAACAGUCAAUUGGCAAGUAUGAUGAGCAAAUUCCGGCGAGCAACCGACACAAGAGCCGAGUUGAGAGAGAAAUAUAAAGCAGCUUCUGUUGGCGUGAGUUCUCGAACUGAAACUCUCGAUCGUAUCAGUGAUGACAUUGAACAAUUGAAGCAACAGAUUGAGGAACAGGGAGCAAAAUCAAGUGACGGAGCACCACUUGUGAAGAUUAAGCAAGCAGUGAGCAAAUUGGAAGAAGAAUUACAGACUAUGAAUGUGCAAAUUGGAGUUUUCGAGCAAUCGAUUCUCAAUACUUAUUUGAGAGAUCAUUUCAAUUUCAGCGCCAAUCUUUUGAACAUUAUGUGAAAAAAAUGGCAAAGUCUGGAAAAUAUUUAAAUAUUUGUAUUGUUUAUUUGACAAGUCUUGUGAAGAACCAAUAAAUAUUUUGAUUCAUUUAAAUA